CCUCCACAAGCAGGCACAUUUCAAUGACAAGCUGCAUAUGUAACAUAUAUUAAUUACAGAAUAAUAGAGCCAAAUAACUAUUCACUUAACAAUGCAACGAGCCGUUUUUGCACACAUUGCAUUGCAUGACUGGACGCAUGUUUUCAGUCCAUUGAGGAUACGACAAUGUUGUUUGAAGCACAGAGCACUACCAGUACAACUCAGUUCUCGGGCAUACAGUGUGAUACCGCCCCCGCGCGACGAAGCAGAGAAGGCUCUACUGCACAGUAUGUUGCGGGUGGACCAUGCAGGGGAAUACGGUGCCAACCGCAUCUACGCCGGCCAGAUGGCAGUGUUGGGAAGGUCACAGAUAGGACCGCUUAUUCAGGAAAUGUGGGAUCAAGAGAAGAAGCAUCUUGCCAAAUUCAAUGAGAUCCUUGCAGAGAACAGAGUUCGCCCAACGUUGCUGUUGCCCCUCUGGAACGUUGCAGGUUUUUUACUAGGAGCGGGCACCGCUCUACUGGGUAAAGAAGGGGCCAUGGCCUGUACUGUGGCUGUGGAGGAGAGCAUCUCAGAGCACUACAACAGCCAGAUCAGAGCCCUCAUGGAGGAGGACCCAGACAGAUACGUAGAGCUGUUAAAAUUAAUAAAGGAAUUCCGAGAUGAUGAGAUGGAACAUCAUGAUACAGGACUGGAGCACGAUGCUGAAUCUCUACCCGGAUACAAGCUUUUGAAGAGUGCAAUACAACUUGGCUGCACAGCCGCAAUAUUUGUGUCUCAGCGCCUUUAAAGUAAUAAUUAAUUAAGUUUCUCAAAGAUGGUUUUCUAAAAAAUAUAAUGAUUUAAGUGAUGUAAAUGGAUAUGUAAAUUGUAUUAGUAAAGUGAACCUGGCUACUUUAUACAAUGUAAUAGUCAGUGCACUUUUCCAAAAAAGGACUCCCAUAAAAAAUAGAUGUGUUUUUUGUCCAAUUGUAACCUAGAUGUUGUCAUUUACUUCAAGGCUAGCACUAGCAGCCAAACCAUAUAGGUACCAGCUCAAUGCUGAAACCUCUGAGUUGGCAUCCUAGAAUAAGCAAGUUGUCAAAGAGAUAUUGGUGGGAAAGUUGGUGUAAUUCUACCCUCUGUCUGGUCUAGGUGAUGGGGAUAGUGUGUUAUCCUGCUAUACUAAGGUAUUGUGGUCAUCACUGACAGAGCUGGAACCUACCUUAUCUAGUUCAUUUUGUAACAUCAUUGAUACUAAGUAUUGUACUACACACUGUAAUUACC